AUGAUUACGGGGCCGGAAGCUAGACAAACGCAUAGGUUGUUGGACCUAAAGAAACAACAAUGGGCUAAGGAGCGAGAGGAAAUCGCGCGCAUGGAUGAGAUGUAUCAUCAUCAUCACCAGCAUACUUCAUCCACGUCGCACCACAAAAUCGAACGCACCUCCAUACGCACCUACUACUCGAAUCUUGAUCUCAGUCAGAGCUCAUCGAAUCAAACCUCCAGUCAUGCCCGCCAAGCGGCCGGACAGCCCAUGCAGCAGCUGAUUGUGCGUCCACCCGUCGCCGCGAACUAUCGACAAAUGCAACGGCAGCACAGUCAGGAUUAUAUGAAUCAGGUGGAGCGUUAUAUCGAUGAUCUGGAUGUCGAUGCCGAUGCCGAAUUCGAGGAUGAUGAAAUGCUGUACAAGCGCAAUCGUCGUGGCAGCUAUGCGCCUGGCAUGUCCGAGCGGCAGUUGCAGCAGCUGCAGGCGCCAACCGGGCGCUACCCGGAGUUGGUGACCACAUCGCUGCAAACGGCCAAGGGACGCAUGCAACAUCCACAGCAGCAACCGCAACGGCUUAGGAGUCCUAGUUUACCUACCAUCAGACAGCGGGAGUAUGUAAGGAGACACCAGGAACAGCAGCAGCAGCAGCAAAAGGGGGCCAAACAACUUGGCCAAGUCAAUGGCAACGUGAAGGGAACAAACACUGAUCCCAGUAACGGCAACAUGCCACAUCGAUUUAACAAUCCAAAUGCGAGUCAAGCGCCAGCCGGUUGCCAGGAAGAGGACACUUCCGGCUAUCUGAGUGAUACGCCCAAGAACACACACUCGCCCGAUAUUUGGUAUAACGACGCCGCCAGCCAAAAUGGGAGCAUUAGUGGCAUGGGCAGCGCCAGCCAGGCCGAGGGGAGCGUUGUUAGCGCUGCAGCUGGGAACGUUAGGCGUUUGAGGCGAUCGAUACAGGGUGCACCUAUACCCAUGCCCAUGCCCCUGCCCAUGCCUAUACCCACGCCCACGCUCACGCCCACAGUCGUCCCACAAGCGUCCAAGCCGUAUGCCAUUAAGGGACGAUGUGUGCCAGCGCAGCGACCUAGCUAUGAGCCACAAGCAGCCGAUGGCUACUUGGCAGACGGCUGUUGUUAUGUGGUUGCGCCUUCUAGUUCCUCAAACAUGAGCCUCAGUCGCGAUGUAUCCACAUCGAAUACAUAUCAGGUGCACAUCAGCAACACCUCCGAGCAGGGCGAUUAUUACGUGCACGAACAGCACGAGCGGGAUCGGGAACGCGCCCGCUGGGCCAACUACAAUGUGCAGCAGCAGCUGGCGGUGCCAGAACCGGGCUGGCUAAAUCGCGGCGUUCACGAUCUCAAGGAUAGCGAGGACGAUGUGCAAUCCGUGCAAUCCUCGUCCACCUAUUUGCGUGGUCAGAAUGCUCCACUCGACGCGCACACGUUGGCCGAGCGCAUGGAUAAGAGGCGCAAGGCAGCCGAGUAUCACAAUGCGAUCAAAAAGCAGCUGCAUGAACGGGAGCUCAUCCGCAAAUGGGAGCUGGAGCGUCAUCGACAGGAAGAACAGCUGGAGGAGGAGCGCAUGCGGAGGCAGAAGCAAUUGGAACAGGAGCGUUUGGAGUUCGAGCGUCGUCAGGUGCAGGAGCGCGAGGAGGCACAGAAAAAGAAGCAGCAGGCUAUGCUGGAUGCCAUCGCCCAGGCGGAAAUGGCGGCCAAAAUGGAAAAACAAAAAAAACGCAAGAAUCGUAUGCCCUCGAAGGAGCACAGGCAAAGUCAGGACCAGCCCGACAAGCCGGAGUUGUUAAAAGUGCUCUCCGUGGAGGAGGACGAUGAGGGGUUGGAUCAGCAUGUAGAGACUACAGCGGAUGCAGACAACAGCAGCCAUACGCCACGUGCAGCGCCGCCACCAGCAGCAGCUGCAACAGCGGUACCAGUUUCGGUCACGGAGGAGAAGGUGCUCAUCGGCACGCCCAUCAAUCUACGGCGCACUAUUACUAAACCCAUCAAGCAGCCAACUGCGGAGGCAACCACUGAACCCGCACCGACAUCCAAUGGAAAGUCCAAGCCGCAGGCUACAUUCGUCAGCGAGGAUAAGGAGAACUUGGCGCUGCUCAUGCAGCCGGCUACAUUAAUUCCACUGCCUGUAACCAGCGAUAUAUUUGGACUACAAAAUGCCAUAGGGAAUCUGCAGAUCGCCACAUACUUUAUGCAGCAGCCGCAGAUGAAGCCACCCGCCAGCAUGGAGCAGAGCUACUCCAAGGCAACUAUGACACAGCGCACGGAUACGUCCAUUUGCACGGAGGAUGGCUAUCAGGCGGAGAAGGAGGAGGAUGAGGAGCUGUUGCAUACAGCGCGUUCCGGUCGCACAGCACUGGAAACGGCGAGCGGUUGCUUCUCGCCAGAUUCACUGGAGGUGGACAUGGCGCACGCGCCAGCCGAGCAGGAUAAGCUGGCGCUCAUCCCCGUUAAGACGCCACUGCCAGCUGGCGAAUCGGCUAGCAGACAACGCACUGAUGGAUCGCUGCAGGCCGAUGUCGAGACACAGACGGAACUGCCGCUAAACUGUGAUCUGUGCCUUUUCCAUGACAACUUUUACAAGGUGCUUUUGAAGCGUGAAGUGUCCACCACAACCACAACGCAGACGUCGAAGACGCAAACACAGCCGGCCAAGGAAUCCGCAGCGGAGAAGGAUCACGAGACGACGACAACAACCACAACAACGACAACAACCACAUUCAAGGCGAAGAGCAAAGAGAAGGACAAGGACAAGACCAGAAAGACUCACGGCAAGGACAAGGACGCCAACAAAAUGGAUGAUCGACCCAAAUGGGGCGUCAACAGGCCCAUGGUGCAGUACGUCAAGGCCAGCGACCGAGAUCCCUUCUGUCUGCGCAAGAAGAAAAAUCAUGUAGCCAUAGCAAAGCCACCGCCGCGCUCCCAAUCAAUGGACUCGCGUCUGGACACCGUCGUCGUAGUGCCCGAGGAUCAGUUAAGCCAAGGCGAUGGUGAAGCCAUGCAGCACGAAGAGGAAGGCUUUUUGCUCAAGGCGCGCAACGUUUGCACCGAGAUUUUGCCGAUCAAAACAGAUGAAAAGGGUCGCAUUUUCCUGAACUUUCGGGAGGCGAGCGCCAUAAUGAAUGAGGAUGAAAUCAAGGAUAAGUUGAGGCAAAAAUACUUUAAUUUCGGUCGAAUUUUGCCCAGACGCAGCUGGGCCUCGGCCACGCAGCACGGUCUCCCUUUCAGUGUGACCGCAGCAACAGCUACAGCACCGCCGGCCACACUUACAGUCGGUGACUUGGCUGACGAUUAA